GCUUCCGUUUUGUGUUUUUGAGGCAUUUUUUCAUAUGUAUGGCAGCACUGACAUUUCACUUCAAUUGGUGUACAAAGCAAAAGGUGAGGUUAAAUUCGGUAUUUUUUGCAACUUUAAAUGCGAAUUACUUUAAAACUAUAAGCCUCCGGAGGGUGGGGUCUUCAGAUCUAGCAUAGGAAAAUGCUCCUCUAUACUCCUUAAUAUUUUUUUUUUCAAAGCCUGGAUCCGUUUUGGAAAACUUUCCCGGAGUAAAUGAAAGUUGUUCACUGCAAAAGGUGUGCAGCCCCCGUUUUUUGGCAACACAGAGAGGAGAAUUCUACUGCCUGAGGGUUAUAAUCCCUAAGUGCGGCCGAAGGCCGCCUACGCAAAAAGGAAUUGGACGCCUGGUUCCCGUAAAGUGCACUUUUACCGAGAAAUCUUGUAUUCAAUCAUUCUUCCAUUUCAAGCCUAUGGAAAUAUGGCACGCUAUGAACUUUAGCAAAGGCAACUCUAUUUGAAGUAAAUACAACGCUGAAUAUUUCGGUAUAAUGGCGCUGCUUGGCUGUUUCGGUUCUAUUCCUCUUUCAGUUUUUGUUUAGUAGCUGUUGCAAUUAAAUCCAAUAUAAUAUCACAGUUUGACGCGCGUGGGCACUAUUUUAAAGUAAUUUUGUAAAUUAAAUUUAAGUUAAAGUGAAAAGGUUAAAAAUAGAAGGAACACGUGUUUGAAAUUGCGACAUUUAUGUCGCUUUAAGACACAACUAAAAAUCGUUGGAUUGAGCAGUUAAAAAGUGCUGACUAUAAAAAAAAAAAAUUUUGUUCUAGUAUUCUUCGUCUUUGCGUCAUACAACCAAAGUAGACGAGAGAAUUCGCUAAAAGCGACGCGAGUAAUAAUCGCCCUGCCUUGUGUGCUACUUCGUCUGUUCCAACUCAAACAACUGCUGAAUACAAGCGGAUGGUAGGCAUUGCUGGCGCGAUACACGUUUAUUACUUACAUUUCUAAUUGUAGCCAAAGGUGGCUGCCCUAUAGCCAUCUUCCCUAGAAGUGAAAUAUAUACGUUGACAUGGUCGUAUUGAAGUUCUCAGUUUUUAAAAAUGAUGACUACAUUUUUACUAAAGUGGAAAAUGAAUUGAAUCGUGAAUAAACGCAACAGCAGUGCAAACCUAAACGGAUAAGGGACUAUUCUACAUUUACAUACAAAUAUUGCAAGUUAUCAGUUAUUUGGUCGAACGAAAGCAGAUAAGAUUCAUUUACAAGGACUAAGGAAGCAAUAUUGGUCAUUUAGCUCGCCUGCUAAAAUGGCCACUUCUCCCACCCCCUCAUUGGACUCCAUUCGUGGCACUAAUUCUAUAGAGUCUUACGGCGAACAUACAGGAUAUUUAUCAGACUCUCCGCUUACAUUGAGUGGUUCUUCGCCACCAGUCAGCGAUUCAGCUAUUUGUGACGAAUUUACAAGCGCCGGAACGGGAAGCAAUCAACAUCAUCCAAUUUCGGCUUCAGUAUCAUCUUCUUCAUCAUCGUCUAGUAGUGGAUUAAGUGGCUGCGGCAGCACAAGUAGUGCCAAUAGUAACAAUAGUUGCAAUAAUAUUGCCAACGGUGGUGGAGGAGAAGGCAUCGGUAGUGGUGGUGGAGGUGUCGGGUGUAACAACAGCAGUAAUGGCCCUGGUGUUAUCGGCAGCAAUCUCAAUGGGAAAGGAAGUCCUUGCAACAAUUUAAUUUCCAACAGCAGCAUAGUGAGCGUAUCGACGGCCAAUGGCGUUGCCGUGCCCCGCUGCACCGCUUGCAAGAGUAAACAAUCCGACGCUGUAGCGAGAUGUUUUGAAUGCAUCAGCUAUCUUUGCGCUAAUUGCGUUACAGCUCAUCAGUUCAUGCACUGUUUUAAUGGGCAUAAUGUUUCGCUUAUCAAAGGCUUCGAUACAACUACCAACAAUGUUACCACCACAUCAACGACGACAACAUCAUCAUCCCCCUCUACAAAUCUAACAGUCCCUACGUCUAGCAAUCUUGUCACAGCCGACAUAAAAUUAUCCAGUUCUCUUACAAUGAUGCUACAACAGCAACAGCAACAACAGCAGCAACAAAUCUCUAAAUCAUUUUCACAACUCUCCAAGAUGGUAUUAAAUUCGCAUGUUGUGGCUACAACCAGCGCCUCUCUGUUGGGGGGUGACAGUGGCGAUCAUCUAGAGAAUAACACUAAUAAUACUACAAUUUGCAAUGGCGAAGACUUUUUUGGAAAUUUUAUGCCACAACUACGUUCCACAUCCUUCUGUCGGCGUCAUAAAAAUGAACCACUGAAGUUUAACUGUCGCACAUGUUGCAAGAUUGUUUGUAAUGAAUGUGUGUUGCAAGAACACUCCGUCGGCUUGCAUGAGGUGGAGCAUCUGCAGGAACAUCAGCUAUCGACAAUUUUUCAAACGAAUUCGCCGGCAUCAUCGUCGACGUUUAAUCAUCAACAACAAACCUCACCCGAAACGGUGUUGCAAACAGUAUUGACAGAACUACGCGGCAAAAUUGCCGAAAUUGUAUCGCUGGUCAGUAGUAAUUCGGACAGCAACUCGAGCAAAAUUAAAAUGCAAUAUCAGAAGGCACACAAUGAGGUGAAUGAGACCUAUCAGUUUUUCUGUUCAAUGCUCGAUGAACGCAAACAGGAAGUUUUGAAGGAACUGGAGGGUUUAUAUAAUGCAAAAGUUGCUUCAAGCAGCGUUUGGUUGCAACGUUCCAAGGAACUCAUCGAGAAAGCAGUGCACACGUGCGAUAGUUUGGAACGCUCGACGAAAACACACAGCGUUGCCGACGUUUUGAUGCUACGAAAAAUGCUUGAACAGCAAUUGCAAACAGCAUUGAUGGAUAUGCAGUUGCCAUUUGAAUUGGAGUUUAUUUCAAAUUAUCAGUCCAUACAAGCAGGUGUACGCAACACUUUUGGCUACAUUCGACCAGGUAAUACUGAAGCAACAAAUGGCCAAGUCGUAAAGCAGCCUCCUAUUGCUAGGCCAACCCAGAACUCAUCUAAUAGCAGCAGCAGCAACAGUAGUCUUAGCGGCGUUGGUUCAACCCACUUUGGUUUAGGCUUGUCAGCCAGUUUGCUUGAGAAUGCAUACAGCAGCGCCGUGGUUGGUGGUGUGAACGGCGUUGGUGGAAUGCUUGGACGCGGCGGCACUAAUCAUGGCUUGAUUGGUAAUGCUGGUACUAUUAACACGAACAGUAGCUCAACCUUUGAAGAGUUAAUGGCAAAGAGAUACCAUGGCCACUCAACUGGUGUCAUUGGACCCUAUGUUGGUGUUAACCCCUAUGAAAAAUGGAGCAACGGUGGCAGCGAUAAUAUUUUCUCAUCAGCAGAUCCCUUUUCAAGCGCACAACUACUCAACUCCUUGACAAGCAGUGUGGGUUCUGCUGCAGGCGGCAGCGCACUCGGUACACUAAAUGUACAAGGCAACAACACAUCAAGCGACUCACUAAUGGACUUAACUUCAAAACUGCUCUCUACCUCCACUUAUCCACCUAAGUCACAAAUCAAACGCCAGAAAAUGAUUUAUCACUGCAAGUUUGGUGAAUUCGGCGUACUGGAAGGUCAAUUCACCGAACCUAGCGGUGUAGCUGUAAACGCUCAAAAUGACAUAAUUGUCGCAGAUACAAACAACCAUCGCAUACAGAUUUUCGAUAAGGAGGGCCGAUUUAAAUUCCAAUUUGGGGAAUGUGGCAAACGCGAUUCUCAAUUAUUAUAUCCCAAUCGCGUUGCUGUAGUGCGCAAUUCAGGCGAUAUAAUCGUCACUGAACGCUCACCAACCCAUCAAAUUCAAAUCUACAACCAAUAUGGACAAUUCGUACGCAAAUUCGGUGCCAAUAUACUGCAACAUCCACGUGGCGUAACCGUCGAUAACAAAGGUCGCAUUAUUGUCGUUGAAUGUAAGGUGAUGCGCGUAAUAAUAUUCGAUCAAAAUGGAAAUGUUAUUCACAAGUUCGGCUGCAGCAAACAUUUAGAGUUUCCGAAUGGUGUUGUAGUGAACGACAAGCAGGAGAUAUUUAUAAGCGACAAUCGUGCACAUUGCGUUAAAGUCUUCAAUUACGAAGGGCAGUAUUUGCGGCAGAUUGGCGGAGAAGGCGUCACCAAUUAUCCCAUCGGCGUGGGCAUCAAUGCAAAUGGCGAAAUCUUAAUUGCUGACAAUCACAACAACUUUAAUUUGACGAUCUUCACACAGGAAGGACAGUUGGUUAGCGCAUUGGAAUCAAAGGUCAAACAUGCACAAUGCUUUGAUGUAGCGCUCAUGGAUGAUGGCAGCGUGGUGCUGGCCAGCAAAGAUUACCGUCUAUACAUUUACAGGUAUGUGCAGGUCCCACCAAUCGUAAUGUAAGUCUGGCAUAGUAAACAAAACAAAAACUGAAAAAAAAAUACGCGAAUGUUAAGAAUAAGAAAAGAGGCCAGAGGCAAAUACCGAAAAGCAGGACCGAAAGCAGUUAUCGUUAAUUGCCAGUAAACUAGACAUUAAAUGUUAAGCAUUUUCGGUAGUUGGCCAUUAGCCGUUGGUCACUUCAACCUAAUUACAAUAUUUCCGCACUUACAUAUAUGAUUGACACACAAUUAUGCAUUGUAUGUACCUAGAGAAUGUACAUAUGUUUGUUGUACCCAGUUGUCCUGCUACAUAUGUAUUUUUGAUACUUCGAAAGCAAAAUACAGCAAUAAACUCUUUGCUGGUAAACACUGCUUUAAUGACCAUACCAUAUGUAGAAGUUGUAAGGGUUUUACAUUACUAUUGCUGCUAAAAUUUAUUAAGUUUAGAAUUUAAAACAAAAACAUUAGAAUUAAUUAAUUUAACAAAACUUAAUGUACGGAAAAACGGAGACACAGUUAAUGGUUUUCUUAUUAUCUACUUAUAAUUAUUUGUUAUUUUUUAUAUCUUUUGCUUGUUUUUACCUUAUUUCUUUUAUAAU